UUCUACCGUCACCACGACGCACCCGUCCCGUCCUCCAAGCUCUGUCUGUCGUGGGUUGAGCGAAUUUAAUCCGUACAGCUGCGGGGGGGCAUUUAGUUGGUGGUUGUGUAAAAAAAUACAAAUUCAAAAUCCCAUGUUCCGACCGGACGACAAGAUCCCAACAUUGUCAGUAGUUAAAGGCCGUCAAGUCAGUUAGAUGAUGACAACAUACUUUGAUCAAAACGGAUUUUACAGCGGUCAGGGUGCUGGUGACCAGCCUUACAGGUUCCCGCAAGGUCUCUUGGUGCCACCCUACCCUCAGCCCGGUACAGCACGAGCUGCUGCGGCGGCAGCGGCUGCAGCAGCGGCGGCCGCUCAGCACGGGGACACCACGUACGUCGACAGCGCUGUCAACAACUCUGGUUCGACAUCGACGGCAGCAGCUGCUGCUACCGCGUGCAAACUCUACUCGUCUGCCGUGGGCGAAGGUGGUGCUACGGCCGUGUUCAAACCCGAGUGUCUGGUGAAAGACCAAAAUGGUUUCAAUCAGGCCGUAAAGGAAAUGACCAGCUGGCCGACAGGUUCACUGGCUGGCGUCAGGCCGACGUCCAUGACCAGCGAGACGAUGAGAAGUUUUACGGCCGCCGACAAUCCCACAUCUACAAGCAGAGUAUCGGAUGCUUGGACAACCUGCUGUCAGAAUCCACCGGCCGUGGCCCAAGCGCCAGCCAACGCUUUCUAUCCGUGGAUGGCCAUUGCAGGUUGGUGA